CCUCGUUAUCAUCACCAUCACCAACUAACCCACCUUCGACAUUGCCCGCCAUUAUGGCGUCCAUCCUCUCGCUCCCCUUUCUCCUUGCACACCACAUCGUCACAUACCUCUACCCGCUCUACGCCUCGUACAAGGCCAUUGCACCCGUACAAGAAAAGACGACUCGGCCAGUCAGGCCGCCCUUUGGCAGCGGCAAUGAACGCACAGAGAUGGCCGAUCUCGAGACGUGGCUCAUGUACUGGAGCGUCGUGGGAACAAUGACGCUCAUUGAAGCCUGGGCAGAAUGGUCUUGGAGCUGGCUGCCCUUCUAUGGCGUCUUCAAGCUGGCAUUUACACUAUGGCUUGUGCUGCCUCAGACGCAGGGAGCUACGAUCCUCUACUCUCGCUACUUGGGCCCUUUCCUCCAAUCCCACGAAGACGACAUAGACGUUGCCCUCUCAUCAGCCAAAGUCCAAGCGACCCGCGCAGCAGCAAACGGCUUCGCCUCCCUCUGGCAACGGCUCCGCGGCGCCAUCCUCGGAGCGGCAUACACCGUCGACCCCACAACGACGGCGAGCGAGUACGACGGCAGGCCGGCACCUCCUGCCCCGCUACACAACAUGCCCGCCGCCCCGCCCACGAUGCAUGAUCCUGUCUCCGGCCCAGCUAAUCACUUCGUCGGAAUGCUCAAGCACUACGGGCCCCUCGCUGCUGCAGGACUGGUCGGCGUCAUGGACCGGGCUGCUGCUGCUGCUGCGGAGGCGAGUGAGAAGGCAAAGGCAGAAAGUAGCGGGACCACGAGAGGUCAAAGUGACGAGGAUGAUAGCGAUGGGUCUACCGGAGAUCAGCACGUGGCGAGCGGAGACUCUGCAGUCAGGAAGCGCAGGAGGGCAGAGCUGGAGCGACAGCUUGAUGAGAUGGGAGCGGGUAGCAGCGGCGGUCGUAGCAGCGUCAGGACGAGAUCCGCAGCAGCAAAAGGGGCGGCGACUACGGCUACGUCCUCUCGGCUACGCGUCAACAAGCCGGCCAACAGUAGCGAUCUCUCAUCUGACGAAGGGAGCGGCAAGGGGAGUAGAGAUCUGAGCGGGAGCUACCAACUUGUGGAUCAGGAUGACGAACAGGCCAACGAUACCGCCGUGCCAGCCACGCCUAGCAGUGGUGGAGGUUGGACGUCCUGGAUGUCGAGGCGAUAAGCUCGUGUCCACGUACCCUCGAUGUGACCCUACCGCCCCCGUGACCCCGAUACCUCGCGCGCCUCUCGUUCCGACUUGUGUUCCGUGGCCCACCACCACAUUCCUUGUAUCUAGCCGCC